AUGAUCAAGACCCUCGCGCUAUCAAAAAGAGCUAGCGCCAUUGUCGACCUUAUUUGUUUCAUUUUGGUUCAUAGUAAAAUUUCUUUCAACAAAUUCUUGAAGACUGCGAAUAUUGCGGCUACAGUCAAGCUUGUUGGUUGUCCAGAAGGGUAUGGUCGCUAA